GAAGCAAUGUUUACCUGUGUUGUAAUUGGUCCGUCAGCUUCCUUUAGUCGUCUGCUCACGCCCCUUACCUUUGAUACAGGAUACAAGCAACACAGCGGCAGGAAGCCAUGGACCUGGUGCUGAACGUGGCCGACCACUACGUCCUGACGCCCUACGUCUACCCCGAGUCGUGGGCCGAGGACGGCGCCCUGCGGCAGAUCCUCAGCCUCCUGGUGGUGACCAACCUCGGGGCGGCAAUCUUGUACCUCGGCCUGGGAGCGAUCAGCUACUAUUUCAUCUUUGAUCACAAUCUGAUGAAACAUCCACACUUCCUGGAGAAUCAAGUUCAGAGAGAAAUUAAGUAUGCAAUGACCUCCCUGCCCUGGAUCAGCAUCCCCACCGUGGCCUUGUUCUUUGCUGAGGUCAGAGGUUACAGCAAGCUGUACGACAAUGUCAGCGACUCCCCGCUGGGCUGGUCCGGUCUCUUCCUCAGCAUGAUCUCCUUCCUGUUCUUCACUGACAUGUGUAUCUACUGGAUCCACCGCUUCCUGCACCACAAGCUUAUUUACAAGAUGUUCCACAAGCCACACCACAUUUGGAAGAUCACCACGCCCUUCGCCAGCCACGCCUUCCACCCGGUCGACGGCUUCCUGCAGGGCCUGCCCUACCACAUCUACCCCUUCCUGUUCCCCCUUCACAAGCUGCUCUACCUGGCUCUGUACGUGUUUGUCAACAUCUGGACCAUCUCCAUCCACGACGGCGACUACCGCGUCCCCGCCGGCCUGACCGGCGUCAUCAACGGCUCCGCCCACCACACCGACCAUCACCUCUUCUUUGACUACAACUAUGGCCAGUACUUCACCCUGUGGGACCGGCUGGGAGGCUCCUACAGGCACCCGUCGGCUCUAAUGGGGAAGGGCCCCAUGGAGCUGGUUCGGAAACUGCAGGCGGAGGGAAAGUUGGGGAAACGGGAAGUGAACGGACAUUCUCAGAGGAAAGAGGAGUAGCAGAGUUGGGAUUGAUUGCAGAGACGAUUCGCUAA